AUGAUCAUGGGAGGCCUCCUGGAUAACGACGAUUCCAUAUCGGCGAUCAAGGAAUACGAACGAAAGGCCGAUGCGAGCGGGCUGGACAUCCCUCACCUCGACCCACUCGUAAUCACUCUACAGAUCCACGACUGUGACGUCGCGAAGGUCCUGGUUGAUACCGGGAGCACGGUGAACCUCAUCUUUCUGGAAACACUGAACCGCAUGGGAGUGGAGGAAGGAUCUAUCAAACCUACAUCCCGUCCCCUCACCGGUUUCACCGCCGAGCAUGUUUACAGCUGUGGCACAGUCCGGCUCCCCGUUUAUGUCGGCGGAAUUUCAAAGCUCUUGAAGUUCAUCGUCAUGGACAAACCGGCCAUCUAUAACGCAUCCUCGGCACCCCAUGGCUCCAUGAAAUGA